CUCAAUCCCACUUCGACACACAGCACAGACGACGCCGUUUGACAGCCAUCAGGCAACACCUCCUGGAGCAUAUCAUGGAAGAGGAGAGCAGCAGAUCUAGCAAUCGUAAUUCAACGCCAGCUAUUACUAGCCGAGCAGUUCAUGGAAGCCAUCAUUGAGCACUGUACAAGCGUCCAAGCGCUGCUGAUUCGUUGCAGGGGUUGAGUACGAAACAAAAGAGCGGCGGCAAACCAAGCGUCUCUCUCGUUUUAGGCGCGUCCAUCACACGUCGAUCGAUCGGAUCGAUUCGAUAUCAUUGCUUGCGUACAUAAGACCAAUCCACCAAGAUGGGUGUGCCGGCCUUUUACCGUUGGCUGUCCGAAAAGUAUCCCAAGAUUGUGGAGGAUGUGCUAGAAGAACGCGUCAAGCUUCUCUAUGGGACAACUCGAGCUCCCUUUGACCUGACCAAACCCAAUCCGAGUGGCCUGGAAUGCGAUCAUUUGUACAUUGACAUGAAUGGGAUCAUUCACCCGUGUUCCCAUCCGGAAGUUGGUCCACAACCCACAUGCGAAGAGGAAAUGUUUGAGAAUGUUUGUCGUUAUGUGGAUCGUCUCAUGCGGAUCAUGCGACCGCGACAGUUGCUGUAUUUGGCCAUUGAUGGAGUGGCGCCUCGAGCCAAAAUGAAUCAACAACGAGCCAGGCGAUUCCGGAGUGCCCAAGAAGCACGAGAGCUCAAGGAAUUGGAGGCUCAUGUCCGAACCGAGCUCACAGAGGCGGGGCAGGACGCACCGCCCGAAGCCACCGUCUGGGAUUCCAAUGUCAUUACUCCUGGGACUUCGUUCAUGCUGCGAUUGAGUGAGUUCCUUCGAUUCUAUGUGCGCAAACGAAUCAGCCAAGACAAGGGAUGGCAAAGUAUACGGGUCAUCUUUAGUGACGCGAGUUUGCCGGGGGAAGGAGAGCAUAAAAUCAUGAGCCACAUUCGGCUCCAACGGAGUCAACCUGCCUACAAUCCCAAUCUAGUCCAUGUUUUGCACGGAUUGGAUGCUGAUCUCAUCAUGUUGGCAUUGGCCACUCAUGAGGCACACUUUUACAUUUCCAGAGAAGAAGUGCUGUUUGGACGCAAGUCGCAGGAACAACAAGAACAGCGACAAUUAGAAAAUGGGUUCCGGGAUGAACAGGCUCGCCUCGAUGAAGAAGCAGGAGCCGAUGCCAUGGCGGCACUGGAAGAAAAUCAACACAAACCAUUGCAACGAAUAAGCAUACCGGUCUUGCGGCAUUACCUCGCCAACGAAUUCAAAGAAUGUCUCAUCCCACAGCAACCCAAUCCAAGGGGUGGACCUCCCAUUGGGCUGCCCUUUGCUCCCUCGCUGGAACGAUUGAUUGAUGAUAUUGUCUUUCUGUGCUUCUUUGUGGGAAAUGACUUUUUGCCGCACCUACCCUCGUUGGAUAUUCGCGUGGGCGCUCUCGACUUUCUCUUUAACGUCUACAGACGCCUGUUGCCCACUUUGGGGGACUACAUCACCAAUCAUGGAGGGAGAGUAAAUCUGUCUCAUGUAGACGUCAUCUUGGCAGAGGUGGGCGCCAUUGAGGAUCACGUCUUUGCCAUGAAGCAUGAUAAUGAAGAACAAGAGAAACGCCGUCGCCAGCAGAUGCGCGACCGCAAAAGGCAACAGCCAGGGCUAAAGCCGGAUGAACCACCGCGACAUAUGAAUCCACCGGAGCGCAAAGUCGUGGGUCGAGCAGCACGGAUAUUAGAAAGGCAACAACGAGGUCGUAAGGACUCUGUUCCUUUGCAACGAAAUCACCAGGCAAAGGAAGACAAUAGGCAUAAGCAAAAGGCAUCGCAUCGCUUGAAGGAAGACAACCUGGAGGCUGCACGGGCAUUGAAAGAAUCCUUGACUGGUACACAGCCAAUCAAAAAGGAGCCUAGCACAGCGUCCUCUGCGGAAGGCGAGAAAAGCAGCGUCGAGGUCAAAAGCGAGGGGGAAUCUGCGAAUGCCGACAAAAUCAAAAAGGAAGAAAGUGGACAACAACCAAGCCCAGAAGCGACAAACGUCAAGCAGGAAGAGGCGGCGAAUACUAGUACCGCAGCAGCAGCUGGUGUCAAGCAAGAAGAUUCUUCUGAGAGCAAUGCGACAACGAGCGUAAAAGAGGAGGAAUCGGAAGAAAAGGCAGAACCAAAGCACUCGGGUGACAAAAGAACGAUAGACCAAGUCAGCAAAAGCGAAGAAAACGGCAACGACCCAGUCAAAUCGGAAGAGGGCAAAUCAGAAGAGGGCAAAUCAGAAGAGGCCGUUAUGGAUGUUGACGACGAUUCUGAUUUGUUUGAUGCUGAAUCGUCCGACGAUGACAAUGACGACGAUGGGAAGGACAAAGUCGAGCCUCCUGUGGUUGUUAUUAAAAAAACUGUCGAUCCUGAAGCUGCCAAACGCUUCAAAGAAAAGGUCAAGGCUCGAAAGCAAAAUCAAUUGGACGAUUUCUCCAAAAACGUCGAAGACAAAGUGCGUCUCCACGAAGCUGGUUGGAAGGAUCGUUACUAUUCAGACAAGUGCAAAGCAGAUGACGUGGCAGCACAUGGCGGCCGCGAGCACUUGUUUCGCUCCUAUGUGAUGGGUCUUUGUUGGGUUAUGAAGUAUUACUACGAUGGGUGUCCAAGCUGGAAAUGGUAUUACCCUUUCCAUUAUGCUCCGUUUGCCUCGGAUUUGAAAAACAUUGAAAGGUUCUCCAAAGACUGUAACUCCUUCGAGUUGAGUACACCUUUCAACCCCGUGGAGCAGUUGAUGGCUGUGCUACCCUCGGAUUCGUGUCAUGCCAUCCCCAAACCUGCGAGGUGGCUGAUGUUGGACGAAGAAAGCCCAAUACUGGACUUCUACCCUAUUGAUGUCCCUGUUGACCCGAACGGAAAAGCAAUGCCGUGGCUGUGGGUUGUGCUCCUGCCCUUUAUAGACGAAGAACGCCUUUUGGCUGCACUGGGGCCGACCAUGGCAAAAUGGGCAAAAGACGAAUUGCUCUGCAAUGCUCGGGGACUCGACGACGGAUACUUGUAUAUGUAUCAGCGACACCCGUUUGGAAAGAAGUUGGCCAAGUUGGCCCUCGAAGGCAACAAGACUGCUGCCUCGUCAAAAGAACGUCUGUCGGACUCUGCGUCUUAUGGUUUUGCCGGCUUUACGGGGUCGGUGAGGCCCCCUUUGAGCAACGAAAUCUACAAACCAACGGGCGACGGCAGCGAAUGCGUGCGAGUUGACUUACCGUCCACAGCAUCAAAAAUCGAACGUGUCAGCCACGACAAUAUGUUCAGUGAACCUAUCGAGGCCAACGAGGCGGUUUGUGUUGCCUUUACGGAGCCGAGGAAGUAUUCGCACAAGAGCAUUCUACUUGCCGGAGCGAAUCCUCUGCCAUCGAAACUUACCUCCCAAGACUUGGUGAUUCGCCGGCCGAAAUUGAACAGAGGCGGUGGUACUAUCGCAAAUUUGGGCACUGGCAGGGGUGGCGGGCAGAGUUACCAAUCUGGAUAUGGUAGCAUGAACAUAAGUUCGUAUGAACGCGAAUUGGCCCAGAAGACUGGCCGCGGACAUGAAAUGUACAAGCCUGGAAUCAGAGCAUGGGGUGCUAUGGAGCCUGCGCCCAAAAGGCACAGAGCGGGGGUUAUUCCUCAAGGCGGCCCUCAACAACACCAACACCAUCAUCCAUUCUCUGGACAGCAUCGCCCUCCUCCUCCGCCUCAACAACACAUGCAUCGGCCACCUUGGCAAAAUCGUGGUCCGGGACCGCAAAAUCCGCCGCCACAAAACCACUGGCAGCAACACCCUCAUUCUGGCCACCAUCCUCAGCCAGACCCGCGACAUCACCACCCUCCGACGCACCGUGCGCCCCACCCGCCAUAUGGACAGCAUCAUCAACAACAACCUCCAUAUAGGCAACAGGGUAGUCAUCAUCAUCAGCAGAGAGGAAACCAACAAAGAGGAAACCACAAUGCGGCACAGCACCCUUCUCACCAGCAGCGCCAUGCGAACAACCAACAGCCUCCACGCCAACAAGGGUACAACUUCCAAGCAGUCUCACAGCAGCAGGCCUCGGGGCGUCCAGGAUCAAAUGGAAGGCCUCCCAACAACCAACAACAACAGCGCCCCCCACCUGCUCAGGCCGAUGGCAAUGUUAUGAGCAGCCUGCGAGCUCAACUGGUGAGCACACUGAAACAGAAUCGGCAACCUGGGCAACAAGGAGGUCAGAGGCGACGGUAGUCUGCGUUCAAAGAGCUUUUUCAGCAGCUAAGCUCGUUUCGCCACUGAACUGAACGAUGCCGCCUUUGAUCCCCCGUACUGGUAGCUGCCAUCGAAUACUACCGUAGUAGCGCUAUCACUUUCUAAAAAGGAGAAUUACUUCUUUCACUCCAAAUCGUAGAGAAUAGAAAACCCAACAAGCUAGUUACUAAGAGUUAUCUCUAUUUCCUCCUUCAUCCGCAUCUGGCACACGCAAGUCUUGAAGUCGUCGGCAAAGAACAACGUGCAUCGAUCUGCAGCUCCAGCUCCAUGGACAACUCCUUGCCUCGCUGAACGACAGUCAACAACAAGGUAAUCAUUGAAGUCAACCUGUCGGUACUUUCCUUGUGCAGGGUCAAAGCGCUGGAGAUGUUCCCCGAUUUUAUUCCCAUUCCGUAACAAUUCCAAAACCCACUUCAAUGAACCAUUGAUAUAGAAGUCCAAUUCACCUGUUACCACAUCUAAAUCUGAAUUCUUCGCAAAUGUGUUCAAUUCAGGAAUGACCGAAUGUUGGAUUGGCAAAAGCUUGGACAUUGCUUCACAGAAGAGAUGUUGGAAAGCGGCUUCUUUGGGAAAUCCGUCUUUGGCGGCAUCACGCAAGCGCCUGGCUGAGAUCGACUCCACUGAACGCUUGACGAGAUCAUUGAGCCUCUCUGGGAAGCAGCGGUUCAAAUGAUUCAUCAUGUUCGAACAACGAAUUUCUUGGAGCAUAUCGUCCUCGCUCAGCACCCGGAGACGCUGAUCUUUCUUGUUGUCCUUGAGCACACGUAGUCCCGCCAUUAUAACCCCAAGGUGGUAGAGAGGAGGAUCCGGCGGAGACAAGCUUGAUUUGUCUUCACUAGCAAGUCUGCUGAUGUCGAUGAGAGUCUCGCAGAAACGGCUCAUAUGCCGGCAGUUUAUAUCCUCCGCACAUAUGUUAAAAAGCUCCCGGGCCUCGGCCUCUGUUGCGUUAGGUUCGAUGUGGUGGAGGUCGGCAAAGUUCACUGGAGACUUUGGUGUGUUUAGAUCGUACGUUGAAGCAAUCACCACUAUCAACUCCUCUUUGAGUUCGUCGACGGAAGCGACAUGCUUUACCAGAAACUCCCAAAAAGGAUUGAACUUCUCGUCAAAUGCAUUUUGCGCAUCGUCGAUAAGUAUCCAGGUGUUUUUAACUUUUUCUAGAUCCUUCACCUUCUUUGUGAUUCCAUAAUCUCUUAGGUCGUCCAUGAGUUCCUCGACCGAUCUGUCGGAGGUCAUGUUGAUUCUCGCUGGCGUUGGAUCGUUAGCGAGUCCUCUCAACUUGAGUUUCAAGAGCUGUAACAGCGAAGUCUUUCCCGACGAUGGCGGAGAACCGACCACAACAUGUUGAUGCACCAGCGCCUUUUCGUAGA